AUGAGCGACCUGCAGCGAGCUUGGGCAAAGUCAAAGCUCGGGCUGCCCCCCGAGCCCUUUGAUCAGCUGGACGAGGCUGAGGAGGACCAGGUGCCGGAGCUGCCCGAGGGGCUGGACGACGAUUCCUCCUCGGCGUCUUCGGUAUCUUCGACGGGGACAAUCAUCCCGACGCCGAGCCAGAAGCUCUUUGCUCGCCCUCAAGGCGUAGCGAGGGGCCGGACGCUGGAGCAGAUUCCCUGGACAACCUACUUUGAACGAGAGCUGUUUCUCAAGUCGGAGACCAAUCCGGACGUGACUUAUCACGUCUAUCUCAGCUCGCCGUCAGAUAAAGGUCCUCUGUAUGUUAUGCACCAUGGAGCUGGUUCCUCGGGGCUGUCCUUUGCACUGGUGGGGGCUGAGAUACGGAAACGACUGCCCAAUGCCGGCAUACUGGCAGUCGACUGCAGGGGUCACGGCUCUACCACUGCUCCUGACGGCGCAGCUCUGGAUCUGCGGCUGGAUACCCUGUCGUCGGAUCUGUUUGCCAUGGUUGAGGGCACGAAAAAGCAAAUGGGCUGGAAGGAACUGCCGCCGAUAGUGCUUGUGGGCCACUCUCUAGGCGGCGCCGUCGUGACGGACCUGGCCAUGUCUGGGAAGCUGGGCACGGCUCUCCUGGCAUAUGCCGUCUUGGAUGUCGUUGAGGGCUCCGCAAUGGAUGCCCUCCAGAGCAUGCAGACUUACUUGUCGACGCGGCCAGGAGGAUUCGCAACUGUCGAGUCGGGCAUCGACUGGCAUAUCAGGACCCGGACUGUCAGGAAUGCCGUCUCCGCGAGAGCAUCGGUGCCGGCGCUGUUAGUCUGGGACGAGAGCAAGGACGCAUCCCGCCCGUGGAGGUGGAGGACGAACCUCGCGGCCACGCAGCCGUUCUGGGAAGACUGGUUUGUGGGCUUGAGCAAGAAGUUCUUGGGCGCUCGUGGUGGGAAACUGCUGCUGCUUGCUGGUACAGAUCGACUGGACACAGAGUUGACCAUUGGCCAGAUGCAAGGUAAAUAUGCUUUGCAGGUAUUCCCUGAUGCUGGGCACUUUAUUCAUGAGGAUAAGCCUGAGCAAACUUCCGUCGCUCUUGUGGACUUUUACCGGCGCAACGACCGCAGCGCGUUGGUGCUGCCACCCAAGGUCUCUGAGCUUCUGAGACAGGGCAAAAAGGUGUGA